AUCAAAAUGGCGUCUUUCACGGGUUAGCGCAUAUCCGCCGCAUACUGUGCCGUUUUCAAUAAUCGCGUGUGUGACAAUAUAUUUGUGUUACUGACAAUUUGUGGACAAUUUAUACAGUGUUAUAGUGAUAAUUCACCAUAGACGGACUGGCCAGAUUAGUGUUUUGAUUUUGAAUACAAGAUUUUGCAAAGAGAGUCGAGCGGGCAGCAGCCAUGAGUAAAGACGGUUGAGCACCGCGCGCCGGGUGGCGCGCAACACACAACAUGUCGUUCUUCAACAAUCUGAAGAAGGUGCUGCACCUAGGUGGCGGCAAUGACGCGAAAAAGAAGAAGGUGUUCAACAACAUCCGCGACAACUGCGACCCCAAUGAACACUGGGACAUGAUAGGGGAGCUCGGCGAUGGCGCUUUUGGAAAGGUGUACAAAGCCCAGCACAAGACAACUGGCCAGCUGGCCGCGGCCAAGGUGUGCGUGUUGGACAACGAGGAUGACCUGGCCGACUUCACUGUGGAGAUCGACAUCCUCUCGGAGUGCCGGCAUCCCAACGUCGUAGAACUACACGAGGCGUACUUCAUAGACAACAAGCUAUGGAUGCUGCUAGAAUACUGCGACGGCGGCGCCCUAGACUCAGUAAUGUCUGAACUGGAAAAAGGCCUCAGCGAGCAGCAGAUAGCGUACGUGUGCCGCGAGAUGUGUCGCGGGCUUCAGUUCCUGCACUCGCGCCGCGUCAUACACCGCGACCUGAAGGCGGGCAACGUGUUAGCUACCAUGACGGGAGGAGUCAAGCUGGCGGACUUCGGCGUGUCAGCUAAGAACAAGUCGACGCUACAGAAGCACGAUACGUUCAUCGGCACGCCUUACUAGAUGGCGCCAGAAGUGGUGCUGUGUGAAACCUUCCGAGACUACCCUUAUGACUU